CGGGCGGGCGGCGGGCCGGCAUCCAACGGGCUUGUCACGUGGCCCUCAUGCGCCCGCCGCAGGCACCGAGGCCGAGGACGUGCUGGGGGAGCUCGAGUACGAGAAGGUGCCGUACUCAUCGCUGCGCCGCACCCUGGACCAGCGCCGGGCCCUGGUCAUGCAGCUCUUCCAGGAUCAUGGCUUCUUCCCCUCGGCCCAGGCCACGGCAGCGUUCCAGGCGCGCUACGCCGACAUCUUCCCCUCCAAGGUGUGUCUGCAGCUGAAGAUCAGGGAGGUCCGGCAGAAGAUCAUGCAGGCGGCCACCCCCACGGAGCAGCCCCCGGGCGGCGAGGCCCCCGGACCCCCGACCGCCAGCGUGGGGGCCCCCCCGCCCCCCACCGAGGGCCCCGAGUCACCCCCGCCUGCCCCAGACUCUUCCUCCUCCUCCUCUUCCUCCGGCCCCCCGGCUGUGCCUCCCCAGUCCUCAGAGCCAGCGCCCGGCGAGUCCGGCUGGGACGGAGCGGCCCAGGCUUCCCCUCCACCCCCUGGUCCCUCUCCCGGGGGCAGGUGAGGUGUCGGCCGGGGAGCUACAUCCCCGAGGGCCUGGAGCGCCCCAUCGAGGAGACGGAGGCCCGUGUGGGCCCUGGGUGAGGGGUGAGGGGCAGGAAGCUGGGGGAGCUGUCCACGAGCCCCCCCAGGAGGAAGAAGGCCCCCCACUUCUCCCCUCCCCGGGCUGUCAGGGAGGCAAGGGCAGAGGGCCCGGCCCCCAGGAGCCCUGUACAUAGCCUGGAGUCGGUCACCCUGGGAAUCUUUUCACUCUACUUUAUGCAAAAUGGCUCGUGAGGGCAGGACUGACUGCCAGGGACAGAUGCCCCCCCCAGGGGUGCAGGGAAGGCCCAGGACUGAGGGGGGGUGCCACUCCCCUCUCCCCUCCCUCAAGGGCCGGACUCAGGUUAGUUUGGGGGGGCCCCCUGCACUUUGGCCCUAGGUGGGGGCAGGGCAGGAUGUGCCCCUUCCCCCUUCCCUGCCCCCCAGGCUGGACUUUCUAAGAAGGCGACCCCCCCCAACAAUACAUGUUGAUCAUGUGCAAUAUUUCUUACUGUGCCGAGAAGCCUCGAAGACCGAGAUUAAAGCUGUUUUAACACACGUG